ACGACAUACUGCACACGAAGAAGAUGCUGUUUGUUGUCAAAUGACUGUUAAACCAAAACUAUUUAAUCCUAAACGCUCAUUCAUAUAAUGUUCUAACGGUGAUCAACAUGGCCGAGGAAGAGUUCACAGACAUAAAUGGCAACUCGAUUUCUUUAGACUGCCAAACUCACUCUGCAUUCUGCAGAGAGUUUACUAUCACCUCUCCGAAACUGUCCUUGCGCAAGGUGAUGGUCUACACCUGCUUCAUAUGGUUAUUUGCUUAUGCUGUAUUUUUCUUCACCGAGAACACGACUGUCCUGUCGAGUGCCAUCAUCCUCACUCUGGCUGGGAUGAUGAUUCAUAUUCACUUCGUGAAGGUGGACCACGAGACCCUCCUCAUAAUCGGUUCCCUCGGUGUCCAGCUGUCUUCAUCUUACGCGUCUGGACGAGAAAGCACGAUCUUCAUUGAAAUGAGCAAGCUGAAAGACAUUGUCAUCAAUGAGGCUGUUUAUAUGCACAGCAUUAUAUACUAUCUGUGCAUUCUGAUCAAGGACCCGGCAGAUCCUGAGACGGUGAGCAGUGUUGUCCCUCUUUUCCAGAGUUCAAAGCCUCGGCUGAAUUGUUUGGUGCAAGUGUACAGAAGCUGUCAGGAGAUUCUAGCGCAGUCCAGAUGACGCCGAGAGUCUGUGAAACAAGAUAAAGAUUGGAAAACCCAAGAAUAAACCAUAAGCGUAUUAUUGGUAAUUUUGUAUUGUCACCCACGCUAAAUUUGUCUGUUACAUGUAGUGGUUUGUUAGAUAUAAUCUUAUUGGCUACAGUAGAUUUUAUUUAAAAACAAAAACGUUGUUUUAUGAUCAGACAUUUCAUAUUUGUUAGUCAUUUUAAACAUUUUUUUUUAUAUUAGUUAAAUACACUCCUGAUUUUGGAUAUUUAUUUAAAAUUUCUAGUAAAUGUUUUUCGUUAACACUUUACAUGAAGGUUCAUUAGUUAACUACAUUAAUUAACAUGAACUACGAAUGUACAAUACAUCUACAGCCUUUAUUAAUUUUAGUUAAUCAAACAAUAAACAACUAUUUUUAUUAACUAACAUUAACAAAGAUUAAUAAAUAGUGUAAUGUAUGUAUAGUUCAUUGUUCGUUCAUGUUAGUUAAUACAUUAACUAAUGUUAACAUAUGACGCCUUAUUGAAAAGUGUUGGUGUAAUUUUUAUAUUAAUAUUGCAAUGAAUAUAAAUGAUUGUUUUUUUCCUUCUGAUUCUGACCUGAAUUAGCCACUAGGGGGACAUGUGUGCCAAUUUUUUUGAUAAUUGGAAUGAAACCGCUUUGUUAUACUAUUAAUGAUUUUCUAUUUUAGUAUUUUAACUGUAUGACUUUUAAUCAGUCUUUUUGUUAUUAAUUUAUUUUUUCCUAUUAAAAAAUCAACGUGGAAAAAAUGAACAAUAAAACUUUUAAUAAAUUAUAAUACUCAUUUACUUGAUUAAUAAAAAUAAUACAUAAAAUUUUAUGUGUAAAAAAUAAAAAAUAAAAGUAAAAAGUAUGGUGAAUCAGUGUGUUAUUCAGCUUUUAAAACGGAUCUUUUUUGGCCACCAUUGUUGUAGAUCACUUGAGGGAUUAUGCUAAUCCAUCUCAUUUACUUUUUGUUGGGUCAGCAUUUAAUUGUGUUCCUGCUUUUGUCAAGAUGUCUUUUUAUCCAAAGCAGUUUAUGUCUGAGAGUUGGCAUACAGACUUAACUCACUGUAAGUUCAUCUGAGCUCUUCUUGCAGAAGAGUUCCUUAAAAAUGAAGUUGUUGAAUUAAGAUAUUUUAUCAAUGUUUGAAUUACGUUUAAAUGUUAUAAAUAGGAAGUUGAAAUGUAUGCUGGUUGUCUGUAUCGAGUAAAUGCUUUCUGGAGGUCGGACAACAGAAGGCGAGUGAAGCUUUCUUGCAAUAUCAGUUUCACUGUAUUUCUGGUCUGCAGCUGUUAUGAACAUCCAUCACGCUAUAGAUCUUAAUGUGGUUUUGUAGAACACAAAGCGUUUUUUGUUGAUGUUUAUCUUAAUUUAGAAUUCUGCUAACCUUUACAUAUUCUGAGGAAAUGUUUUCCAUGCCACCUCCGUGUUAUUUAAAUAUUCUGCAAGUUCCUCAUAGGAACUUGCUGCCUGUUGCAUAGGCACGUGUUAGAGUUGUCAUUCAAGUUUACCCAUUUGAGGAAAGGGAAAGAGAAACCACCCAUGUUUAUUUGUGCUCAUGCUGCUUUGUUUUUACACACAGUGAAACAUUCCCUUUUCUUUUAAAAGCAACUGUCAGCAAUGAUUAAGAACAUAAUUUCCCUUUGUGCUUAAAUGAAUAUACUGAGAUCAGUACAAUAUGUUUAAUUGACAGCAAAUCUGUCUUUGAUUAUGUAAGAAAAUUAGUUUUUGGUUUACAAUGAGGAACUUGAAUGGAUAAAAGCAACUAGGGCCAGUUUUUUUUAAUAGCCACAAGUUUCAACAAUAUUUGUGUUAACCUGGUUUUAGUGUGAAAAAUGGUCACUGAGUUUAUCUGUGUGUUUGCAUAUAUUUUAAAGUGUAAUUUGUGAUGCCAAAGCCAUUACUUCUGUCUUCAGUGUCACAUGAUCCUUCAGAAAUCACUCUAAUAUGCUGAUUUGCUGCUCAAGAAACGUUUAUUAUU